UGGCACAUGUGGACAGAGUGAGAGGCCUCGGUGAGAAGGGCUGAGCGUGAGAGGAAGUCUGCCGUUAGGGCGUGGUCAACCAUCUAACCAACUUCCACAUUUUCUCUUUCACGACACACUGGCAGAUGCUGCGCUUUGUCUGACUCUGAUUGGAUGCGAGACGCGAGAACAAAAUGAACAUCGAGAUCGUGUUUCGAGGGUCCGCCUUUCUUCUGUUACUCGUCUUCAGAAGUUAUGCAGUGGAGAACGUGACACAAGCAGAGACCUCGGCACGGCAGGAAAGCUCCACGACCGUGUUGUAUAGCUCUAAACCCACAAAUGUAUUUCAGGAUGCGGAUAACCCGAAUACGACAGGGGUGACAACAAGCCCAGAUGCAGAGCCGUUUAAGCGUAACCUCACCGUGUCCGCGGCAGUCACCGACGGCUCCACAGACUCCCCCGUGACCUCCGCUGCGACCUCCAAAAAGACGUCCGCCACACAGCCCCGUAACACCACAACCUCCACAGCCGCCGAAGUGAAGUGGGAUAAGAGAUGGGACGAGCCGUUUCAUUACAAUUACAGCUCUCUACGUCAUGUAGGGUUAACCAUCGCCGCAGUUCUCUUCGUGAUGGGAAUCAUGGUGCUUGGUUGUGGCAAAGUGAAACGAAUGCCGCGGUGUCACAUUGGCAAAGGAAGUUCAUACGAGGUGACCAGAAGUUAACACUUCUCCCAGCAUUGAUCAGCUUGCUCGGCAAUAAACAGAAGAACAGCAGGAGAACACAAAGGAGCCAGUCAGACCUGUUUCCACAGCGGUUACAGACUUACAUUUCCCCCUCGUGAGAACAACAUCAUAAGGACAAGAUGGAGAGGUUGUGUGUGUGAGCGUGUUCAUUAUUUCAAACUGAUCUCUGGGUUUGUCACACAGAAGCGCCGGGGAAUAAGAUGUGUGCUAUCGUGCGGCACUAAACGCCAACGGUAACACAACGGCUGGGACUUCAGCAGAUCCCAGCGUAAUCACGCGUCUCAGACACAAAAUCCCUUCAUCCCUCUGCUCUCCUGCACCAAACUGCUCGGUUUAAGCAUCAAACUUUGUACAACGUAGACCUGUGCAUGUGUUUUGCUAUUAUUAUUAUUAUUAUUAUUAUUCCAAUACUGUGCAUCCUCGGAUGUGUCUGUCUUUUGGAAGCGGGAAGAAGCAUUGAGUGGCUCACAAGCGCCCUCAAGAGGCCUUCAGACACAUUUAUUAUAAAUUCUCCCAAGAGGAGAGAAUAAAAACAGUUUGGCCGA